GGUUAAGACCUUCAUUUGGCUGCUGCUGUUGGUGUUGGCUGGUGGCAGACAAGGUGCGUGCAGAGAGUUGCAGGGAUAAUUAAUUGCCAACAGGAAGAGAGACCAUGAGGAACUGUCACGGUGGUCGAGCAGAUCUUAAGGUGGAGAGGAAGAUGGCGGAAAAAUAUAGGAGACUGCACAUGAAGACCCUGUACUUGAAGCUUUCCUCCAUCAUUCCCGCGGAACACAGAACCACGGCAAAGGAUGCAAUGACAAAGCAAGACAACUUGGAUCAAGCCACAUCUUACAUCAAAUAUCUUCGUGCAAGGAUCGAAAAGUUGAAGCAGAGAAGGCUCGUGCAGACCAGCGCGGCCAGAAAUGAGAUGGGAACGGGCUAUCUAUUGCCAAUCAUUGAAGUAAAAUACCAGGAUCUGAACCUGGAGAUACUUCUGAUAAGUGGUGUGAACAAGAGCUUCAUGUUCCAUGAGGUGAUCAAUGUUCUCGAGGAAGAAGGUGCCGAAGUCAUCCAUGCUAGCUUCUCAGUCGUCGGUGACAAGAUCUACCACACAAUACAUUCGCAGGCUGUCAGCACCAGAAUUGGCUUGGAGGCUUCGAGGGUAUCCGAGAGACUGAAGGAGCUGGUUAAGUAAUCAUCUAGGAGACAUGGUUUUCCAGAUUCCUGAGGACAUAUGGACGUGUACCAUGCACUUUUUUUAAGACUGCUAUUGAUAUGGAUCAUUUUCGUCGGAGGAGGAAGAAGAAGAUGAUCCCAACACCACGAACAGACG